AUGAGCAAGCAGCAGCAGGCAAGGAGAGACGGCGACGACGAUGCUGGGAGCAGAACCCAGCGACUCCCCGAGGAAUGCCUGGCGAUGGCCAUCUGCCUGACCUCCCCAGCCGACGCCUGCCGCGCCGCUGUGGUGUCCGCGGCUUUCCGGUCAGCAGCGGACUCGGACGCCGUGUGGGAGCGGUUCUUGCCGCCGGAUUGCGACGCCAUACAGGAGCGGGCAGUCCACCUCGUGGAUGCCUCCUCCAAGAAGGAGCUCUUCAUGGACCUCAGCGACGAGCACAUCCUGCUUGACGACGGCAAGAUGAGUUUUGGGCUCCAAAGAACAAAUGGCGCCAAAUGCUACAUGCUGUCUCAAACCGAACUGGGAAUUGAUUGGAUCAAUGUAGAUCUUUACUGGAGAAAGAGGUCGGACCCGGAUUCGAGGUUCUCCAAGGUGGCAGAGCUUCUCUCAGUCUGCUGGUUUGGCGUCUCCGGCAGCAUCAGCAGCAAGGAGCUCUCUACUGGUACCCACUACGCCGGCUACCUCGUCUUCAAGCUCACCAACGGCGCCUCCGGCCUCGCCUCCCCAAGCCAGCACUCGCUCGUCAAGGUCAACGGGCAGAUGGUGGGGAAUCUCCACACGGUGUCUCUCCAUCCGUGCGACCGUGCCCAUUGCGGCCUCGGUGACGACAAAACGGUGCCGCACGACCACGAGAAGGAUGACUAUGGAGGCGCCGUCGUUGUCGUCAGGUACCCGCGGCAGAGGGCCGACGGGUGGAUGGAGCUGGAGAUGGGGGACUUCCACACAGGCGACGGUGCACAUACACAGGAGGAUGACAUUAAUGUGAUACUGCGCGAGUACGACGAGCUGCGCUGGAAGAAGGGGCUCAUCGUCGAAGGAAUUGAGAUCAGGCCUAGAAACUAG